CCCGCCGUGCCCGAGGCCAACGGCGUGCUGCGAGGCUGCGAGCCGGGGGGCGCCGCGGGCAAGGGGGGAGCCGGAGCCAUCGCCGCCGCCAUCAACAUCAACGCCUCGACCUCCAAGUUCCUAAUGAAUGUUAUAACAAUUGAAGACUAUAAGAGCACAUAUUGGCCAAAGUUGGACAGUGCCAUAGAUCAGCUUUUAACUCAGAGUCCUGGUGACUACAUCCCUAUCUCCUAUGAACAAAUAUACAGUUGUGUGUAUAAGUGUGUAUGCCAGCAGCAUUCGGAACAGAUGUAUAGUGACCUAAUAAAAAAGAUAACUAACCACUUAGAGAGAGUCUCAAAGGAGCUGCAGGCCAGCCCUCCAGAUCUCUAUAUUGAAAGAUUUAACGUAGCUCUUGGACAGUAUAUGGGAGCAUUGCAGAGCAUUGUGCCUCUUUUCAUAUAUAUGAAUAAAUUUUACAUAGAAACCAAACUUAACAGAGACUUAAAAGAUGACCUUAUAAAGCUGUUUACGGAACAUGUUGCAGAAAAGCACAUUUACAACCUAAUGCCUUUACUUUUGGAAGCUCAGUCAACGCCGUUUCAAAUAACUCCGUCUACCAUGGCAAAUAUUGUGAAAGGCCUGUAUACACUACGACCAGAAUGGGUACAGAUGGCACCAGCUUUAUUUUCUAAAUUCAUCCCAAAUAUUCUACCCCCUGCUGUGGAAUCUGAGCUUCAGGAAUAUGCUGCUCAAGACCAGAAACUUCAAAGAGAGCUUAUGCAGAAUGGAUUUACUAGAGGUGACCAGUCACGCAAGAGAGCUGGAGAAGAGUUAACUUACAAUGGCUCAUCAGCUUGUGCAAGCUCCAGGGGGUACAGAUAGUGAAUAUACUGGAUCAGCUUCUAUUCCUAGCCAGAACAGACACUGGAGGAGCGCAGGUGGUAUCCGGAGCCUCCUUUGGCAACUGCUGAUACUCAAGCUCUGACACGAACUAUGCCUCAAAGAAGAGUUCUGGACUUUCUUCUUCAUAUAAUAAAAUGUCAGUUGCUGCUACAAUUGGGAUGACUUUGAAAGACAUGAUUCCUUGGUCUGGCCUCUCAACAAGUCCAUGUUCUGCGUUUUUUUUGUGAGGAAUGCACCUUGAAAAACAAUCCUUUCAAAGUGGAAAUGGGCAGCCGAAAUCAGCAGCUUCCAAAAGCGUUAGAAUGGAAGAAUCUUUUUUGCACUCUUUUCUUAAUAUUAAGGACAUUCUUAAAACUAGUUAACACGUCAGUGUAUUGGUUUUUAAACUUCAAGGUAUUUUCUGGAGCUUUUACUUAAAUAAUAAGAAUAAAGUUUCAUUAUUUUGCAGUAUUUGUUCAUUAGUUUAAAAAUUGUCACCUUUUAAGAGUUGGUCCCAUAUAAACGUAUCUUCUGUCAGGGAGCUUUAAAUUCCAGAUUUUUCUUUUAUCUCUUUUUUUUGUUACUUGGUAUUUUGAAAUCUGUUUUCCUAUGUGUUUGUACUCUGUGCCUUCAGCUUGUGCACUUUGCAACUUUAUAGACCAUAUUUUGUUACUCCAAAAUGUGUUCUUGAGGAAAAACUUGAUAUGAACAAACAUGCUGCAAAGUUGCACUUUUCUCUUGCAUUAAUGGGAGGUAAGUUUAAGAAGGAAGAAAAGUUGAACCUAUCACCACAAUGAAUAGUGACUUGGAAGCUUGUCCCUUUUUAUUUUUCUUGCGUAUUGGUGUUUAAUGCUGGGACCAACUCUUGUAGAACCCCUCUCAUUGUCUUUUCAUUGGCUUCCAUAAUUGCAAUAGAUUGAGAUGUGAAUUCCAGACUGGAUGAAAUACUAAGAUGUAUUUUAUGCUGUGCUAUGUAGAAACAUUGUGGGCAAAAUUCUCCAGUCUAGUAGGUCUGCAAAGUGCAUCUCCGUCACCACAAACCAGAUUUGCACCUGACUGAUCAGCAAACGAUGGUACCUGUCCAAGAUCACUUUGUGGCUCCUGUGCCAUUUCUCCUGUUUCGGGGAUGUGAUGGGGGUGUGAUAGUGGAUGUUGUCAGAAUCAGGGAGUUGAGGAGUGGUGUAAUGCAUGCAUGUGUACCCAUCGGCCUCCUGUUUCCAGUCUUGUGUAAACUCAGCUGGAGAUCCAGCUGAGCCCAGUUCCAGGAGAUCUGGACCUAUGGUCUGAAUCCUAAUGAUUGUGACGUGGGUUUUAAUCAGUAGUAUGGCUAAUGCAAUUCUUUCAUGAGGGGAGAAACAUACUUGAAAAAGCAGUUUGACUACAGGUUGGGUUUUUUUAUUUUAUUACUAUGGAUUUAUUUUUAUCACCUUUAGUUAUGAAGAGAAAUGAGUUGGUAAUAUAAAAUCUUUCUGAAG